AUGAAGAAACGUUCCAAGAAUAAUGGAACUAAUGUUGAUGCUGGUAAGCCAAAUGAGUCUGUUGAAGUUUCGAAAGAAACUAGUGUUGAGGCUGGUAAGACCAAGCCAAAUGAGUCUGUUGAAGUUUCGAAGGAAAGUGUUGAAGCUGGUAUCAUUGAGCCAAAGGUGGUUGCAGAAGUUGCAAAGCGUACCCAAACUAUGCGUGAGUGGAGUCCUAGAAAUGAACUUGCUUGUUCAACUAAAGGUUCGGUGAUUCCAUUUCUUGAUGUCCAAAGAAGCAACGGUAAUAAAACUAGAACAAAUAGUCUUUUCUGUUACAGCUUUACUAAAAAGACCUUCUGGGCUGCUCAUAAAUCACAAAAAGGAAAAGGACCUUUGGCCAAUGGUUCCGAUAAGGUCAUUGAGUCAUCUCAAGUGGACUCACAUGAGCACAAAGAAAUUAUGGAGACUGGUAGUUCCGAUACGCUCGACAAUCAUUAUAAGGUCCACCACAAGGAUAAUAACGAGAAUGAAAUGCCUGAAACAGAAGUUGAAUCUGAUGGAGAUUUUAAACUCUCAUUCGAUAUCCAAGCCCCAGAAAAGUUUGACUGGGCCGAGAGCGAAGAUGAUGGUAGUUCUGAUAAGUUCUUUGCUUAUGUCCUGGUAAUGAGCAAUCUAGAAGCGGGUGUCAAGGAUGGAAUUCCUAUUCUUGAUAUUCUAGAAGAUGAACAAUUCGUGGAUUUAGAAGCUGGUGUAAUGAAUGACAUUCCUAUUGUUGAUGUUGAAGAAGCUGAGGAUUUCUGUAGAAUGAAGAGCAUUCCUAUUGGUGAUGAAGAAUUCAAGGGGUUGGAAGUUGGUGGAAUGGUUGACAUUCCAAUUGGUGAUGCUGAAGAAGCUAUGGGCUUAAAAGCUGGAAUGUUUGAUAUUCCUCUUGUCGAGGAAGAUGAUACUCUUGGACAAUCACAAACCAUUGGGAAGGCUGAAGUUUUCAAAAUUAAUACUCGAGAAAUUGUUGACUUUAUCGUUCUUUUAAUUGUUGUUCCUCUUUUCUAUUUGGAUAUUGGGAGUGGUAUUGCUUUUGCAAUCAGCGUAUUUUAUUUAUCCGUCCAACCAGAUGUUGAAGGAAGAACUUUUAUUCCUAGCUUUUUUGUCCAAGAAGCCCAAGACUUUAUGGAUUUAGAAUCUGGUGAGAAGCAUGAAAUUUCUAGCGUUGACGUUAAAGAAGCUGCAGAAUUUGUGCACUUAGGGGCCACAGCGGACAACUAUCAUAGCUUUGUUGUACAGUGUAUUACUCACUUUGAAGCUUAUGGGAAGGAUACCUAUUCUAGCGUUGACGAUUUAAAUUUGGAACACAUCGCCUACUUAGAAGGGGAAAAACUCUGCGAGAAGUCCAUUAAUAUCUAUGAUGGUUCGUUACAUCUCAUGGGGUUAGAGGCCGGUGGAAAGGUUGAACCUGAAGAGGAAUUUUCCGACUAUUCUAUGAACUUAGAAGUCCAUAAAAAGGCCACCGAUCUUGUCGAGGAUGAACCACAGAAUUUCGUCGUAAUGGCAGAAGACGGAAGGGUCACUAGUCUUAUCAACGAUGAUGCAAAAGAUUGCUUGGAAUUGGAUACCGCGGGGGUGGUUGAAGAUUUAGGCGAUGUUUGUCUCAAACUGAUCAAGAAUUCAGUAGACCAUGGAAAGUAUUCCAGUAGUGAUGAAUCUCAAGAUAUACAUUUGAGAGCUAGGGAAAAGACUGAAAUUCCUCGCAAUUAUGGAUCACAAGAUCUAAAGCUAUUAGGGGCAAAUAUAUUUGCCAGUAUUGCUCCUCAAAGUUCAAGUGAAGUUCUCCAGAAUAAUUGGAAACAAUUUAGGGUUACGGAAGAGUUUUAUUUGGAUAACAAAGUUCAUACUUUUGCCUUGGCCAUCCAAUUUGAUGAGUAUUACUUUAAACAUUUUUCUCCACUCGAAUUGUUUUUAGACAAUUCCGAGAAGGAUCUUCUCACGGAUCAAGAGUGCUCCAUUGAAACCAAGGAAGAAUUGAGUAACCAUUGCGUUAAAGUCAAUUCCCACGCAAAUCAUAUUGAUUCUGAGAAUAUUUGA